AGAGCGAAGGCUUCAUUUAAUUAGCUGACCACCGACCGAAUCGGUCGUGGUUUUCGCGGAAGAAAGUAAGAGUGAUCUUGAGAAGUAGUCUAGGGGUUGUGCGUCACAUGAUGCAGUACACGGCAGUACUGCUCGCAGCUGGCCUGCUGCUUGUGGGCCAUUCUUUCGCAGCACCGUACGAAGCAAAGCAGGCGUCGGAGGAGCUGAAAGAUUUCACGUUCGAUGAAAUCAUCCCGAACCAGUUCGGAUUGCGAGGCUUCAACGGGACGUGGCUGUCCGGGGAGGAGUUGCUGUAUCGGCAGGGUGGAGAUUACGUAAAGCUGAACGUUAACACCGGGGACAGUGUGGUGGUGGUUACGACUGACGCUUUGAGCCAGUUCCGGGGAGCUUCGAUUCAGCUGAUUAAGCCCGACUUCACCAAGGCCCUUGUCCGGUACGACGUUCGAACGGUGUUUAGACAUUCAUCUCUAUCGAAGUACGCAAUCUACGACACCUUAAGCGACGCGGUGUACCACAUUGCCAACCAGGAGGAGGUGUCCAUCUGCAUCCUCUCCCCGACCGGGCAGAGUCUCGCUUACGUCAAGGAUAACAACGUGUACUACCGUGCCUCGCUGCUCGACCCCGUGGAACGUUCCCUCACUACCAACGGCGUGCCGGGCGUGAUUUACAAUGGCAUCCCCGACUGGGUGUACGAGGAGGAAGUGUUCGGCACGGAUGCAACGCUGUGGUUUUCGCCGAACGGGCGCCGCCUUGCCAUGGCCAGCUUCGACGAUCGGGAGGUGAAAGAGUUCACCUACCAUCUGUACGGCUCGCCGGACGAUACGGACAAGCAGUAUCCGGAGGAGUUGCGCAUUCGCUACCCGAAGGUGAACACCACCAACCCGACCGUACAUCUGCAGGUGACGGAUCUGUCCGCGAGUGACCUUACCUGGGUAGAACUACCGGCCCCCAUUGCGACCGUUGGGGAGGAUCACGUGCUCGGUACGGUGAACUGGGCCGGCGAAGAUGUGCUCGGUGUCAUCUGGACCAACCGGCGGCAGAAUGUGGCAACGUUCCAGAAGUGUGCAGCCGUCAGUGGAACCUGCGCCGAGGCGGUAAGGUUUGACCGUCCGAACGGGUGGUACGAUCUAUACACGCCACGCUGCUACGGCCCUGACCGGUGCUUCCUGAUGGGCGAAAACAACGGUUGGCGUGCUGUGAUGGAACUUACCGGCGAUGGAUCGACAGCACCGAUUCCGCGCACUCCGACCCAGUUUACCGUGUCCUCCAUCAACGGGUACGACGAGACGACACAGUCCCUGUACUACACUGCUGUACCGGCAGCUCAGCCACACCACCGCCAUGUGUACCGCAACGAAGAGUGUCUAACGUGCGGCCUAACGGACGAGCUGGAGGGUUCUUCGGUUGAUUGCAACUUUGCAAGCGUUUCGUUCAGCGCGGACCUCUCCUACAUGGCGGCGACCUGCUCCGGGCCGACACCUUCCUACACGCAGAUCUAUCGCACGGCCGACCGCCAGCUCGUUCUGGACUGGGAAUGGAACAUGGAGCGGCGCGAGCAGCUGAAGCAGUACAAGAAGGUUGCGGUACGCUUCCUGCGCGUUCCCGUCGGUGAUGAUGGGCAGUUUGAGGCAUCGGUAAGGCUUUUCCUGCCGCCCGGGAUUGACUUUGAGGAGGCGGGUACGGCCACCCGCAAGUACCCGAUGGUGGUGAAUGUGUAUGCCGGUCCGGACUCGGUGCGUGUGACCGAUAGCUUCAGCGUGGGCUUUGCGAACUACAUGGCGACGACGAAGGGCGUCAUCUACGCGCAGAUCGAUGGCCGGGGUACGGGCAACCAGGGCUAUGAGUUCCUGUUCUCCAUCAACAACCGGCUCGGAACGUACGAGAUGGAGGAUCAGAUUGCGGUGGCACGGUAUCUGCAGGAGCGGUACGCAUUUAUCGACCCCGAGCGCACAGGUAUCUGGGGCUCGAGUUAUGGUGGCUAUGCGACCGCCAUGACGCUGGAGAAGGAUCACGAGCAGGUGUACCGGUGCGGUAUCUCCGUUGCACCGGUCACUUCGUGGAUGUUUUACGAUUCCAUCUACACCGAGCGCUACAUGGGCCGCCCGACAAACAAUAGUGCCGGGUACGAUCGUAGCGAUAUCAGCAGCUUCACGGAUGAGUUGAAAAAUCAUCUAUUCCUAUUGAUUCACGGCACGGCGGACGAUAACGUGCACUAUCAACAAUCGAUGGUGUUUGUCCGUGCGCUGCUCGAUCACGACAUCGACUUUGAGCAGAUGAGCUAUCCGGAUGAGGCUCACUCGCUGUCGGGUGUUCAGCGCCAUCUGUACCACACGAUGGACCAGUUCUGGGAUCGAUGCUUUGCGUAGAAUUCGAACAUUUUGUAAGACCGUUCCGCUUCACGGUAAAUGGAAACUAGUCUCUAGAA